AUGCAUAUGAACAAUCCAAUUCCGCCGAUGAGUGACACCAUUCGGGAUCUCUGCGCAAAAUUACUCAAAGAGCCACAACGCCGCUGUACUGCUGGUAGUCAAAUAAAGAAGCGCACCGUACGCAGCGCCAUCAUCAGCAACGACGCGCCACCGCUCAUCAUCAAAAGUCUCGUUGACGUGCAGCCUGCGCCGAGAACGGAUACUCAAGCGAGCAGCAAACGUAUCGAGACAUCGCUGGAUCAAAUCAUACAACAGCUACAGCGCAACAAGUGGCCACCGGAUGUCGUGGUGCUCAUCACGCCCGCCAGCAAACACAACAAUCUCUACAAACUGCAUGUGAUCGAUCGGAAUAAUGAAGGUCAUCUCGGCAUGACCAGUAUUACGCAACAGGAGCUAGCCGAGUUGCGCGCCAGCAAUGUGUUCGAAAAGUACGCCACCAUUGUGGGCAAUAAGUAUAUCGAUCUGAAGACGGUGACACUGAAUACAGCGAUUAUUGCGAACAUAAUGAAAAAUCUGAAUGGUGACUGUUGUCAGCCGCUGCGCAAGGAGCUGCCGUUAUCGGUGUCAUUGCAAAAACCUAAUACCAGAGAAUUGGUGGCACGCAAAAGCAGCUCUGACGCAGAUCCGCAAUUGGAUUUGCAGCUGGAGCCACGGCAUCGUCGUCGUCGUGGUAUUACACGCUCAAGAAAUAGUUGUCACUACCACACACAAAGCGGCGUACGUCUAAUGACGCUUAUCGAUCGCAUAAAUGAUGCUAUAGAACCGGCCGAUGAAGAUCUGCAUAGUUUCUUUGAUCUCGCUGACACGUACAAAUUUAAGAUGUACAUACGUCCAGAGUUAUGUUGGAAACCGCCGCCACAGGCAGCAGCUUUACAAAAUGGAAACGACUCUGAUUUCGUGCGCUUCAACAUCGAAUGCUUCAUGCUCUUCGACAAUUAUGUGGGCACCAUUACGAUCAACUCUUUGCAAUUGCACGAGCAGCUUAAACUGCAUCCGGAGAUUCUGCCGCGCGUACAGGUCAUCGAGGAUGUUUGCGAAAUAACGGCAAUGCCGAAAUGGCUUGUCACUACUAUGCGCACAAUUGCUGAAUGGCUGGGACUCGAGAUGUUCUACGAUGCAUUCGGGGAAUUUCUUUUUGAUUUAUAUAAACAGAUUACUUGA